AGGCCACUGUUAGACACACAACUGAGUGACUACAGCAGACAGUCUCUUGAUAACUUCACUGGCAUUGCUCUGCACAAUACUGACUCAGAAUGAUGAAGUUAAGCACAUCUGCCUUCAUGCUUCUGAUCUGCACAGCUGCACUGCUGUCCACAACAGAGGGUAGUAGUAAACCCAUGCAUCUACGCUGUGAGUGUAUUCAAACAUAUUCAGGGCCAGCAAUCCCUUUUAAAAGAAUCCAGUCAUUGAAGGUGACUCCUGCUGGACCAAAAUGCAAAUAUGAGGAGAUCAUUGCCACAAUGAAGAAAGGAGAGAUGUGUCUCAAUCCUGCAAAAGACUGGGUGAUUUCUCUCAAAGAAAAAUUUAACCAGAAGAACGUCACGAGCCGUCCGUGAAUGAAUAUCACCGUUCAAAGAGCAACUGAAGAAACUGGUUCAACUAUUACUAAUGUAAUAUAGAAUAUAGUUCAACUAUUACUAAUGUAAUAUAGAAUAUAGUUCAACUGUUACUAAUGUAAAAUAGAAUUUUUUUAGUUUGUCAUCUCUGACUGAAAAAUGAAGUACUGAAUGUGAAAAUAUGUUUUUACUACCGCCUGUUUUAUUAAAGAUUAACUUUACUGUAACCUUGCCUGACCUUCUUUAUAUUUUAUUAAAUUAUAUUUAUUUAUAUUGUGUCACUGAAUUAUAUGUUCAAAUAGUUUUGCAUUGGUUUUGAAUGAAGACUUGUAAUAAAAAACUGUCAUAAUGAA